AUGCCACCAAAGCAACAGAGUGCCAUUAAUAGUGUUGUGACUGACUUGAUUCGAGCAGCAGCAGGUGCAGGUGCUCAACAUGUGGCAGAUGAAGAUGUCGAUAAAUAUGUAGCUGACUUGAUCUUAAAAGAAGCUGAAGAGAAACGUAAAAAAUACAAAGACAUAGGUGUAAAAGCCUAUUUACCAGAACCAACACAGAAACCCAAGCCCAAUACGCGAUUCUUACUGAAUGUGGUUAAAGCAACAGACAGUCAUAAUCAGGCGGUUAUUCGAGCCAAUGAAGAAAAUGUCACUCGAUUACGUAGAGAACGACUUGAGAGAGAACGACAUCAAACAAAGAAAAGAAGAUCACAAUCGCCUUUCAAGAGACACGAAUCUCGAUCCACUUCCAAAAGACAUAGAUCACCAUCACCAGAGCACUCCAGAUCAGAACGCGAUACCAUGGACCAUGGUCAACAUUUACAUAGUCAUCAUCGAUCCUCAUCCUCCAAAAACAAACAUAAACAUCGAUCCCCUUCACCGCCUCAGUCGGUUCAAUACAAAGGACGAGGUAAAGUGAGAAUCAAUGUGUCUUCAAUGGACAAGUAUUUUUCAAAAGGGUAUGAUCCUUUAUUAGACAUUGAUUCAGACCAAGAACAAGUUAAAAAGGAGAAAAAGAAGAGUAAAAAGAAAAAGAAAAAGAACAAGGAUUCAGAAGAUGAGAUUGGCCCUCAUCCACUCUAG